GUAGGCGUUCGGAGGCAAAUUGCCCGUGGGGGGGCUGUUUCCUGCCCUGGGACCUGCCAGUGCGGAACAUAGCCCACGGCUCGAGAUCCGAAGGAGAGGAGGGUGCCACAGCAGCCUCUGGGGGCCUCCGAGAGCAGAGCUCGUGCAGAAUCGAAAGGCUCCCGCGGUGUCAGCCGCUGGGGCCCGCGUUGUCAGAGCAAGGCCUUCCCGUAGAUUGACUGGGCCCUUCGGCCGUGGAAGACUACAGACAGAGAGGGCAGAGGAUCAGCAGGACGUCGAUCAUAAUACAUGUGAGACUGACGGCGGAACGCAGGAAUAUGUACCCUGUGCGACACAAACUGUGUGCGUCUUCCCGAAAUUUGCCACCGGUUUGCUAUCGCGGUUGUCUUUAUCUCAGGCCUUUGAGCUACCAAGCGCGCUGAGGAUUUGUGGGCGAAGCCAUGUCGCGGGCCGAUGUGGCGCUGACGAGGGCCGAGGUGGCGCUCGCGCGGAGGUCGGUGCGGAAGCACGUGCUGAAGGGCGGGGGGCCGCUGAGGCGGAGGCAUGGCGCGGCGGACCCGCUGCACUCUGCGCUCGCCAAGUCGAUGAGCCGCAGGGCGGCCACCAGAGCGCUGGAGGCGCUGCGCGCAGCGUCGGCGUCCGCCGCGCACGCGGUGGCCGCCGCGGCGCGGCCUGCUGUGCUGCAGGCCAAUGGGACCCGAAGACCCUUCGCCCUGGCGACGCGACCAAGGCUGUGGCGCUCGUUCCGCAGCACGACGAAAGCGGGGCUGGAGCGGCGGACCGUGACCUCGCCGUUCUCCAGGCUGUGCCGGGCGGAGGCGAUGCGCACGCUCUUCCUGGAGUUGGCCGGCCGUAGGAGCGUGCUGCCCCCGCAGGAGCGCACGCGGCUCCGCCUGGAGGCCCGCCUCGCCGCGGUCCGCGCGGAGAUGUACGGGGACCUGUGCUCCAUGAAGGCCGGCCCAGGCGCGGAGGGCUGGGACCGCGGGCCCGGCAGCCGCGCGGGCGCGGCCGCGGGCGCGGGGGCCGUGGAGGCGCCGCGGCGCUGGCGCGGCGUGAACGUCAGCUCGUGGCUCCUGUGGGAGCCGGGGCCCGCGGACAAGUCCUGGCUGGUCGCCUCGCUAGGGCCUGGCGAAAGGCCCGAGGACGAGUGGGGCCUGUGCGAGAGGCUCGUCGAGAAGCACGGGCGGGAGGCCGCGGAGCGCAUGGUGCAGAGGUAUCGCAGCGAGCGCGUGACCCGGGCGGACUUCGCCGCGAUGAAGAAGCUCGGGCUCAACGCCGUGCGCGUGCCCUUCGGCUACUGGGCCUUGCGGCCGCGGCCCGGCGAGCCCUUCUUCGGGGGCUGCGCCGAGUUCCUGGAUGACGCCCUCGCCUGGGGAGAAGAGCUCGGGCUCUCCGUGGUGCUCUGCCUCCACGCCGCGGUCGGCUUCCAGAGCCAGGACCCUCCGUGCGGGCGGGCGAACCGGGCGUGGCGGCCGUGCCGCUUCGACGUCGACGCCACCGUGGACGUCAUGCGGGACGUGGCCCUGCGCUUCGGAGGGCACCCGGCGCUGGGAGGCAUCUGCGUGCUCAACGAGCCGUCCGGGGACAUCCCGCCGCGCACCAUGAACCGGUACUUCCAGGAGGUGUACUCCGCGCUGCGCACGGACUGCCGCCUGCCGGCCUCCGUCCAGAUCAUGCUGCCCGUGUUCCACCACGACUUCAGGCACUUCCGGGGCCGGUACACCGAGGACCAGGGGUACGUCAACGUGCUCUUCGACGUGCACGUGUACCAGGUCUUUGGCGAGCCCUACGCCGGCUGGCACCGCAUGUCCCUCGCCCAGAACCUGCGCCACGCGGACGCCCUCUCCAGCACCCACGACGUUAGGGCUAUCGCCGACUGCGGCGAGCGGGUGGUGGUGACGGAGUUCAGCCUCGCCCUGCCGAAGUGGCGGACGAAGACGACAACCUACCUGGAGUAUGCGGGGCGCUGUCGGAGGCGGAGAGGUCCCUGCUCCUGCGCUGCUUCGCGCAGAGGCAGCUCCGCACGUUCGCGAGGCACUCGGAGGGCUGCUUCUUCUGGUCGUGGAAGGACGACGCCGGCCCGGAGUGGAGCCUGCUGGAGAGCUGCGCCCGCGGCUGGAUGCCGUCGGGGCCCGCGGGCGGCGCGGGCAGCGCCCAGAAGGUGGCCGACGCCGCCGCACAGAUCCCCAGCGCGCAGGCCCAGGACGGCCUCGGGGCGCCUAUGUGCGUGGACACGGGCCCGCACUAGCAGCGUCCCGACGUGGACCCCGCGAGCGGAGGGCUCACGAGUAGUCGCGGCGGCCCCGUGGCUGCCCCGUGCGCGGCUUCACGACAUGCUUUCUGUCUGUCCACCGUUCCUGAAUUUCUCUAUCGCUGCAGAGCAGGAGGGCGGCACGUGGUCAUUCAUGGCCUUCCUCUCCGCUGUUUUCUUUUGGCCUGGGCUUGUACAGACUGAGGGCAUGACCAAUGCGCCUAUGCCGCCGCCCACUCACGCAUGUCAGUCAUGUCAACCGUGUAAAAUAGACCGAGGGCUUGUCUACAACUGGGAUGCAUUUAGGUAUCUCUGGCGCCGUUAGGAGGUGCCCCUGAUGUCAAGAACUCUGCGCCGCGUCGCCUGGCCGAGCGAGCGCUUGGCGCGGCGCGGAGGAGCCCUGCCCUUGAGAGUGUAACUUAAUCCCGCUGGGGCAUUGUGAAAGGAUUUGUAUCGCUCCCAGGUGGUGGGCCCGGAUGUCUCCCCGCCUCGCACCUGCGGGGCGCGCUGCCCGCAGCCGCUGGCUCCCCGUGCGCCGCAGUGCCCGGCCCCGCGCCUGCCUUCCGUGCAACCGGGGGCUGUUUUGAAAGGCCGGGGUCUGGCCCGUGGAGUGUCGCCACGAGGCGAGCGGGUCGGGAAGCGGGGCCUCCCAGAGUGGGGGCGCGCAGCAAGAAGCCAGAUGUUUUUCGUCCGGGUAUCCUGGGUUUCGUCGCUCUCGCUGCGCGGUGACUUCCCGCAGCCGCUGGAGGAGCUGCUGCGUCCAGGGUGCUCCGGGUUUCCCCUCAGGUGUGCCUCGCGCACGUGUUCUCAGGGUUGGGUUUCUUGCGAG